AUGGUUCAAGAAGCUACCGAUAAAAUUUGGUUGAUUCAAGAUAGGUUGUUGAUAAGUCAGAGUCAACAAAAGUCUUACACCAACCAUAGACAUCAAGACUUGGAGUUUGAGGUAGGCGAUCAUGUUGUUUUUAGAGUUUCACCGAUCAAGGGGAUUAUGCGGUUUGGUAAGAACGAUAAGCUAAACUCUAGAUACAUUAGGCCUUAUGAGAUACUAAAGAGAGUUGAUGCAGUAGCUUAUAGAUUGGCGCUACCCCCAGAUCUUUCUAGCAUUCAUCUAGUGUUUCACCUAUCCAUAAUAUGCAAGUACAACCCUAAUCCAACUCAUGUGCUUCAUCAUGAGGAGAUUCAGGUGGGAGAUGAUUUGUUGUAUAAGGAGGUAUCGAUUGAGAUUUUGGAUAGGCAAAUUAAGCAACUUCGCACCAAGGAUGUAGCUUUAGUGAAUGUCCUUUUGCAUAAUCACUCCAAUGAAAAGGUGACUUGGAAGGCUGAGGACGAGAUAUGCAUGAAGUACAUGCACUUAUUUCAGAAUUGA